AUAAGCUAGUGAAGACUACCGUAGCCAGUCAGCUGGGUGUAAAGUGCAACCAAAUGAACGGUGUGGACUAACUUGAUUUUUAUUACCGAACAGACACGGAGGUACUCAUUUGAAUAUACCACAAUAUUGCAUUUUUUUCACGUUUUGGAAGCCCGUGUGCGGACGAAUUGAAGAGCCGUCGGGCCUCGCUGCCGUGGCCCAGCAGGACUCGAGUGAAGUUCGGAGCGGACUCCCAAACUUCUGCUUCCUCAAACGGCUCUCCGCGGGGCCCGGGGCUCCUGUCACCGGCCCUGUGGAUGAGGAAGUGAAUAAACACCUAUCUAUCCCCAGGAGAAAGGAAUCCCGUUGAUGGGAGAGUCCUCUUUCCUGGCCUCCUGGGUCGAUCGACGUGCCAUGAUGAUGGAUGAGCAGGAGGCGCUGAACUCAAUCAUGCAGGACUUGGCCGAACUGCACCGCUCCAGCCGUCCUGCCAUGUCCCUGUCAGACCUGGGCAAACCCAAAGCCUCCUCACCCAAGAACCAGAACGACGUCAGAGUGAAGUUCGAGUUCAAAGGGGAGAAGAGGAUCUUGCAGUUCCCGCGUCCCGUCAAGCUGGACGACCUGAGGGCGAAAGCUAAAGUGGCUUUCGGUCAAGCGAUGGACCUUCACUACACCAACAACGAGUUGGUGAUUCCACUGACGACUCAGGACGACCUGGAUAAGGCUGUGGAGCUGUUGGACCGCAGCGUUCACAUGAAGAGCCUCAAGAUCCUGCUGGUGCUCCAGAUCUCCUCUCAGACCUCUUCCUCCAACAUGGACCUCUUGCCGUCCCACGAGGAGCUGGACAACACGGGAUUCAGGGUCGCCGAUAAGAAGAGCAUGCUGGCCUUGAUAGGCUCCCACUCCACGGACCGCAGCUCCCCUCCUCCAGGCUACAUUCCCGACGCCCUCCAGCAGGUGGCGAGGAACGGCUCCUUCACCAGCAUCAACAGCGAAGGGGAGUUCAUACCCGAGAGCAUGGACCAGAUGCUGGACCCGCUGUCCAUGAGCAGUCCGGAGAACUCGGCGUCUGGAAGCUGUCCCUCUUUAGACAGCCCCCUCGACAGUGACUACCCCAAAUCCAGGAUGCCUCGGGCACAGAGCUACCCAGACAACCACCAGGACUUUCCAGAGUAUGACAUCCCAGUGUUUGAGAAGUCAGGGAAGGGGGGAACGUACCCUCGACGAUACGGCAUUCCCUUCGGCCUUCAGGAUUACAGUGAUGGGAGGAAGACCUUCCCUCGGGCUCGGCGGACGCAGGUUCACGGCUUCCGCUCGCCGGUCAACUUCAGCCCCACCGAACAGUCGCCCAGCACCAGCAGCGGCAGCAGCGUCUUCACCCCCGACCUCGAGGAGGCCCCGGGGCCCGCCAGGCGGCCGCGCAGGGGCAGCGACAUCGAGCCCAACCCCAACCCCACCCCUGCCCCCACCCUGUCUGUCAUGGACAUCAGCCCGCCCAGCCGCUCUCCACGUGCCCCCACCAACUGGCGUCUGGGGAAGCUUCUGGGCCAGGGGGCCUUUGGUCGGGUUUUCCUCUGCUAUGACGCCGACACCGGACGGGAACUGGCGGUGAAGCAGGUCCAGUUCGACCCUGAGAGUCCCGAGACCAGCAAAGAGGUGAGCGCCUUGGAGUGUGAAAUCCAGCUGCUGAAGAACUUGUGCCAUGAGCGAAUCGUCCAGUACUACGGCUGUUUGCGAGACACGAUGGAGCGAACGCUUUCCAUCUUCAUGGAGUACAUGCCUGGGGGCUCCAUCAAGGACCAGCUGAAGUCAUACGGAGCGCUGACGGAGAACGUGACGCGCCGCUACACUCGGCAGAUUCUGGAGGGAGUUUCCUACCUGCACAGCAACAUGAUCGUCCACAGGGACAUCAAAGGAGCGAACAUCCUACGUGACUCAGUGGGUAACGUGAAGCUGGGUGACUUCGGCGCCAGUCGGCGGCUGCAGACCAUUUGUCUGUCAGGAACAGGCAUCAAGUCUGUGACCGGCACUCCCUACUGGAUGAGCCCUGAAGUUAUCAGUGGAGAGGGUUACGGCAGGAAGGCUGAUAUCUGGAGUGUAGGCUGCACCGUUGUGGAGAUGCUGACUCAGCGGCCCCCCUGGGCAGAGUUCGAGGCCAUGGCUGCCAUCUUUAAGAUCGCUACCCAGCCCACCAACCCAGUGCUGCCCGCCCAGGUGUCGGACCACUGCCGUGACUUCCUUAGACGCAUUUUCGUGGAGACCAAGCAGAGGCCGUCCGCUGAUGAGCUACUGAGGCACAUCUUUGUACAUUAAUCUGAUCCCUGAACCCCCUCCCUCAUGCCGAACUGCCAGACAUGGCCUUACCUGAUGGGAGUCUCUCUGCCUCUGGCCGUACCCCCUCUAGUUCCACGCUGAAACCUCAUUGGACCAGGAAGAACCUGCUGGGUUGAUCUCGCAUAUGGAAGAAGAGGAGGUGUGUAGGUAGGGGGGAGAGGGUUGGCUACCUGCUCCUGGGUCUCUGUUUGUAGGAGACUGCCAUAGAGAACAUAAUUUUUUUUUUUUUUUUGUCCCAGCAACAUUGCACCUUAAUUUCACAAAGGGAGGGUAAGCACUUCCCCCUUAAAAAAUGAAAAUAACUUUGAAAAAUGUUUCCUUUUUAUGUUUGUAAAUUUCUCUUGUGGAGAUUUUGGAGAUAGUGUCAUUGUCAUGGACCUAGAUGGUGAUUGGCUCUUGGAGUGCCCUCCUCCCCCCACUCUGACCCCGGAAUGUACUCUCCUGCCAAAACCCAAAGCAAUGGGUGAACCUGGACCCGCUGCUAAUCAAACACAACCCAGUCUAAAUCUGAGAUGCAGAGAACACUCCCAAACCCCCCAAAAUACAAAGUUUUCACUGACCUGCCCUCAUUCUUCAUCCUUUUCCUCUGUCUGUCCCCUUCUACUCAUCUAGCCAAAAUAAGAUCUGUCAAACGUGGUGACCAGAUGGUUCUCAGCUGCCACAGGCUAGCAGUUAAGCUACACAUCUCUUGUAUACUACACUUGGGGUUGCCUCUGAAGUGUCUUGGGUCUUCUCUCUCUGCUUUACUGUCUGUCUGCCAGGUUUCCUUCCCCUCAGGCCCCCAUCUUCAGUCUUUGCCACGUGCCUUCCCCCACACAGCCCCUUUUUUCCCCACAGUGUAAGAGUGUAUCUUGAGUUUCCGGAAAUGUCUGUCAUACACAAGGUGUUGUUUGAGUGUUUUCUUCCUGCAUCCAACAAACUGCCUUCUCACCACUAGCCCAGCUUCAGCUGAUUCCAGUUCAGCCCUAAUGUCCAUCUCUGCCUUUGUUGUAACAGGGAUUUGUCAUGUUUAACCCAGUCCUAGUUCAGCUCCAGGUAUGUAACAUAGCACUGAGCAUCAUUCAGUCAGCACCAAAGCAGACACAAACAAGGACUGGUGCCUCUACUUCAAACCCUUUGAGAUAAAACAGUUUCAAGCUUUGUAGUCACUCUUCAACUGCAUCCCUCCUUCCACUGCUUUUUUAUGGAUUCAGGAUGUGGCUUUUAGCUGAAUGAUGUUGAGGAAGGGAAGCAGAAGAGGUGGAAUAAAAGUGGGAAAUCGCUGCUAGGCAGCAGUUUAGUGCUGAUAAUUGUUACCUGGAGCAUUUCUCUUUUUCAACUAUUUGAGCAAGAAAUCAUCCCUUAAUUGGAGGGUCUUUUGUAUUUUACAAAACUGUCAGCAAUAUCAAAUUAGCUAAAGUGACGUGAAUUUUGGGCAAAAAUGCUGAUUUCCGUGGCCCUAGUUCUGUUUUAGGUGUGCUGUUGCCCUGCUACGAUGUGUACUGACACAUCAUACUGCAAAUCUACUAAACAUUCAAAUCCAAUUAAGAAUGGACUUUUAAAGUAGAAAAUGUUUAGAAAUUGUGGACUUCUGUAUCUCUGUGAAAUCAGACAGUUUGAUUGUUUGAGGUGGGAACCUGGAGAGGUGCGUUUGAAGAGUCUCCCAGAGCUGUUUGAUGGACCCGGUGGCACAAAGCCAAGCAAGAAGCUCACAGUUGAUUAGCCAGAGGUCUGGCUGUAUGACGCUGUCCCAAUGUUGUCAGUUUUACUGGUGAUUAGAUCUCACUGGCUUGGCCCAAAAACAGUUGUAGUUAUGUCCAAUAUUGAAGGCAACAUUGAAGAGCUGUUCGGUUGUAAGGAAGUUCCUAGCUGGCUUACUGGCUGCUCAGAAAUGACUCUUAAGCCCACAGGUACAUUUUCAAUUAACAGUCAUUGCACUGACUUGUGUUAUCAAACACAAGAUGGAGAAAUAAUCAGCAUUAUCCAGUUACUUUGGUACGUAUAGUGACUAAGUGCUAACACAGCAUGGAAAAUGAAUUCGACAUUUUCCAAGUGUUGAGAGUUUGGGAGGUGCACGGAAGAUCUUUGAAUAAAUACAGCAAUCCGGUUCUGAUGUACACGUUACAUUUCAGAGGCUGUCUCCUGAGUCUCAUUAAUUCUCAUGAGCCUGUUGACAGCUUGUAUUCUCAGUUACUGUCAGCAUACAGUAUGUCUUACUGUAAACUGACUUUAAUGUAAACAUCCACUCCAAAAAAAUAAGGUGGAGGAAGUAUAACAUUUUAAAAUGGAGUGUGUAGGAAAGAUACCCAUAUGCUCCAGUAUUGGAAACGGUACAGUUCUGUUCUUCAGUCAAGGCACCAUUGUGCCAUAUCAGUGUACUCUGUUAUUUUUCGUCUUGCAUACACUCCAUAGUUUUACAGAGUAGAUACACACUGAAGAGGUUUACAUUAUACAAUAUCAGUCUCACAGAGUUUGGUUCCUCUACCUUAACCUAAGCAGCUUGUUAUAUAUCUACAAUCAGUGCUGUAGUCACUGUUAUUGCCAAAAAAUGCAUCACAGUUAACUUGUCACUUUAGCCACACCACAAAUGCUCCUUUGAAAAUGUACGCAGUUGUAUUGUGGCGUUAAUUGCAGUUUCCUCCCGGGAAAAGCAUCCCCAGUGUCUCUGUCCGUUCAAUAUUUCAGCACCCAGUCGUGUUCUAGUUUGAGGGAGUAACCUGCCUGUGGCUGUAAGACUGAGUAUAUUUGCAUUCACACUAACAUUUGAUCUUAAUGUGCUUAAGGCAGUGCUAUUGAUACGGUCAUGUAAACACUUUUAUCUGAGAUAAAGUCAUAAUCGAGUGUUUCUACUUACUGGGAUGUUUAAGCACCCUUUUUCAGGCUUUUAUCUUUUUUUUUUUUUAAUCCAAACUGCUAAAUGCAGUCACAUCAUGCAGAUGUUGUAUUCACACAGUAAACAUGUUGCAGUGUGGCCGAGUGAUGAGUGGUAGAGCAAAUGAUUUAACAUGUCCAUGCAAACUGGUUGAUUAGAGAAAUCAUAUUACUUAGAGAACUACCAAAUUUUAUUAUCAAAUUUUGCCUUAAGCUGAUAACUCCCAGUAAUCAGAGUGUCAGUGUGCAUGUAAACAUAUUCACUGUUGGCACCACAGCAAAACACUCAGCCAACUUGAAUUGUCCACUGGGCAGUAACACAGCAGCAGUCCAAGCCAGGGCUGCACAGUUAAUGAGAUUAAUGUUGAAAUUGUGAUUUGAGCAUAUGCAAUAUAUUUUGCUUUUACAUGUUUUGGUUAAAUUGCCAAAUCUUAAGGCGUCCACUGGAGGGUUCAUGUAUACCACAUGCACAGCAGGCGCAGCAGGCGUUUACUCUGUCAGGAUGUAUACUAAUGCCAAGUAAAAAGGGAUGCUGUUCCCCUGCCCUUGUUUAUGUGUGUGAAAGGAUGGUCAAAUAGAGAAUGACUCGUGAUUACUGUCCUGAACCAUCAGGAAAGUCUUCAGAUUGCUCACCGUUCACAAAGUCAUGAUUUUCACAAACAGCACUCAUUUAAAAGAUGCAGACCUUACCUGCUCUGUUGUUCUGUUCUUCAGUCAGCUGCUGUGCGUUUAGCUGGCAGCAGGUGCUCCUGCUGCCAGGAGUCCACACAGGUUGUGCAUGCUCAUAUCUGAAAAGCAACAACUCAUCUCUCACUUGCAUUAUGCAGCCUCAAAUAGUUUAUGCAUCUAAAAAGCUACUGUUGCCUUGCAACACCAACAAAAAGUUCUCAAGAGAAGAUGUGCAAAUCGCAUUAAAACAUAUGUGGUCGUUAGGAGUAUUAGGUGGGCCAUAUAGGACAUGAUGCCUGUCAGGUACAGAUAAAUGGAUAAAUGGAGAUGCUAAAACAAACUAUACAGUUAAAAUUGCCGCCAGCACUGGUAACCUUGAUACGCACUACCAUUAUGCACUAUCUCAAAGGUAUGUUGCUUACUAUUUUGUUUUAUUCACUGAUGCUUCUUCACGAUUCCUCUUGGGCUGUCGCUCGCACAGCUUGGUUACGCGUUGACUGUAUGUCUCUUUCUGUCAGCGAUGACCUUUUUUGCACAUUUUAAAGACUUUUUUUUUUACACAGGUGUGUGUGUGUGUGCGUGUGUGUGAAAGAGAGAAUGAGAGAGAGAGUAUUUGUGCGUGCAGUUUUGUGUGUUGUUAGUUGAGGUUUGGUUAGCGACGACUUGUCCAUGAAUGUAAUGUUUAAUUUUAACCGUUAGAUGGCCUCAUUCACCACAGUGGAUUAAUUUUUCGGUAUCUGGAAACGGGACAGUAUUUGUCAACAGCAAACAGCCCCAAGAUAAAUAGUUUUACAACUUACAAGUUCCUUUGUGUCUAAAGCCACUGCUGCCACUCCUGUGUGUGUGUGUGUGUGUGUGUGUGUGUGUGUGUGUGUGUGUGUGUGUGUGUGUGUGUGUGUGUGUCAGAGUGAACGUACGCGGUUGUACACGUGCAUUUACUGCAAUUUGUGCUCAAUGGACACUGCGCCCAAAAUGCCUUGAGCAUACUGACUGUAGGGGGUUAAAAACACACACACACAAAAAAAAGAUCAUGUACAAAUGUAUAAAUCAAAUGUACCCUUUUUUUUUUUUUUUUUUUUUAAAGAAAAGUACACUUAUAUCCCACACGUUUGGUCUCUGUGUAUUGUUAAAGAAGCCAUGUUUAUAAUUCUAAUUGGUUUGUGACCAAUACGCCUGUUUAUAUCAGAUCUGUAUAUCAGUGGUACGCAUAAUUUUUUUAAUAUAUAUUUUUUAUUUUCAUUUUUUUUAAAUGGGAGAAUUUAUGCAUGGUUGGGUCCUGAGAGACACAGCGGUGCCAUUGAAUGGUUGCUGUUUUUUUUGGCAAAACUCUGGAGUAUUGGAACAGCUGACGCUCUGUGUUCAUAAUUACAACAAUUAUGACUAUGAUGAUGAUGAAAACAAUAAAAGAUAUUUAUUUCA